AAAGACAGGACAAUAACAAUAGAUUGCGUUCAAAAGCCUGUUGCUAACUUAUCAGGCUGUACACGGGGAAGCAGAGAGAUUUAGAAGGUGGUCUGAAAGCAGAGGUCCAUGAAAAAAAAAUAUUAAGUCUUUGAUUAACGAGAUAGCUGUCUUCUUUUUCGGACAUAAACACUAUUUAGAACGGAUAGUCUACUGCUAAACGCCAGUCAGCUAGCGAAUGGACGCCUCUGUUAUUGCCUCAUGAAUAUUAACUUCCUCACGUGAUUGGACGCUCCAGUAAAGUUACAAAGCAACGGACGUACUUAUUAUUCAUAAGACAUGCCAUCGCUGUUAGUCGUACUUUACGAGUGAAUAUGAUUGUAAGUGCACGUGGUAAAUCUGAAAACACGUUUUGUUACAUGCAUUGACAUUUGCGGUUUAUGGAAAAAUGCAAGAGGAGGGUUUGAUUGUCGAAGCAAGUCGAGCAGGUCCUCCGAACUGGAUCCAGCAGCACGCCGUCUACCAAGACCUGAUGCAUUUAGAUGUCGGUGACAGUGCUCAAGUAUACGCUGCUUUCCUGGUGUACAUGGAACUGACGGAGGUGCGUAAAUGGAAGGAGGUGGUUGGAGUUUCCUGCCCAGACUUACAGGCGGUUCUGCUGGAGGGUCGAGAGAAGGAAGGAGAAGCAGUUCAGAUGAUCUACCCUCUGCCUUCACACAGAUCCAUCAAACACAAAGAGUUGCGGACUAUACUGGACAGAGGUGUCCCGAUGCUCUUGUGUGCAGUGGCUUCUGACUCCAGUCUGGUGUACCAGAGGCUGUGUGAUGGCCUUCUGACCCCUGACCCUCCAGUGGACAUCCAGGACCAAGGCCGCCGACAGCAUCGCAAACGUAGGUUACAGACGUGAGAUGAGCACCCAGGCAGAUUAUGAUCUGAUACGUGGAUUGGGUAGUAUUGUGACUGAUGGAGGCUGGUUUAAAUGCGUUCAUGAACUUGUAUCGUCCUUGAAGAGAGACUGAAUUGAUAAGAUAAUCUCAGGAACGGACCAUAUUUGUGUUUUAUAAGACAACUUAUUGCAGUAUUACAUUUAGACAACACCAAUGAGCUGCUUUUUUUUUCCUCAAAAACUUGAAAUGACAGAUUUGUAAAGUUAAACAUUUCAUAAUUCCCCAAAAAAUAGCAACAGAGAAAGCUGCAAAAUAAAUUGUUUUUAUUGUUGAAACCAUCUUCAUUUACUCACCCUGUCAUUCCAAAUCCAGAAGACUUGUUCAUCUUCGAAACAUUGAAAGCCCAUUCCACCAAAACUUUGAUGCUCAAAAUAGUUCAGAUUUUUUUGUGAAUCA